UGAGAGGUUUGUUUGAGAAAAAAAAAAGGUUUUAUGUUGUAAUAUAACAAACAACGCCUCAAAAAAAAUCUUUUUAGAUUAUCAUUAUUUAUAUAUAAACGACUCCUUUUUUAUUUAUUUCACUAUCUUUCUCUUUUCUCUUUCUCUCUCUCUCUCUCUUUUUCUUUCUUUUACUAAUUAAAAAUACAAAUGGGCAGAGUUGUUAAAUGUAAUCCAGCCGAUAACGAGUUGUGUACAGGUGAAAAUGGACAUGUAAAGCAUUCAGAAGGCAACCAUGAGAAAAAAAGGGCUCCCAGUACUCAUUUUGUAGAACGCGUUACAUCUAUCCCACUCAUCAAGGACAGCGUAUCCAAAGCGCAAGAUAUUGCCAACAAGACGGCUUUGGGCAGGUUUACUUUAAGUCAAAUGAACAGCACGUUAAACAACUUGAGCGACUAUGCCAGUAAGAGCGAACCUAUGCAAAACUAUUAUAAGCAAUAUGUUGCAUCUCAUGUACAAAAGGCAGAUGAGUUUGGAUGUAAAUCACUCGAUGUGAUUCAAACAAAGAUACCAAUAAUGAAUCAACCUACUUCCGACAUUUAUCAAAAUGUGAUCAACAAACCUAGGCAUGAAUUAUUUGGACAGGCCAAGAUUAAGCUUGAUUCUACCAUUUCAACCGUGACUUAUCCAGCACACGUGGUUAUUCGAGAAACAAAUAAACAACUUGGUAUUUGUGUUGAUAGCUUUGAAGGUGUUAUUGAUAAAUAUCUUCCUGCGGAUGAAAAGAAGGACAUUCAAGUUAAACAGAGUGAGGAAAAUCAAGUGGUUCGAGUCUAUGAUAUAUUAAGUGAUGCCUCACGUCGUCUCACUCAUUUAGUCACAAAGACACUUCCAACCUCGCGUGGUGAUUUAUCUGUCAUUGCCGAGAAUAAUACAAUGCUCCAGAAUUUGACGAGUCAAAUACGACUCGUACAAGAAACAUUGGUACAAUCUGUUUCAGUCUACGGUAACCUUGUGCAAGAAAAGUUGCCUACUACUGUCACUACGAAAGCUCAAAAGACGUCUGAAUUAUUUGCUCAUGUGUCCAUCACCAUUAAUGAUCAAUUAAGUCAGCUUGUUGAUUAUGUUAAAACACAACCUGAUUUGGUUAAACAAAAGUUACAUACCCUGAUUGAAACAACCAAAAGCCAGUUUGGGGCUCUUCAACAAGAAUUCGCACGUCAGGAUAUCAGCUAUGUCGUUAAGGUCAAGCAUGUGGCUGGUAGCAUUGGAGAUCAAAUUUUACCCUUGCUGCAACAGUUGUCUAGUCAAUUGGAGGCAUAUUCGGAACUGACUCGUGAAAAAAUCAAACAUGAAUUGAAUGUACCUCUUCACUACUUUGGUUUAAAUCAAAAGAUACACACCCAAUAAAUGUUAAUAAAAAA